AUGCAUCAAAGAGUUUUCACCCUACUUUUACUGGCUGGAUUGAUAUCAAUGAGCAGUCAGCAUUUUAUGGGAAAGAACGCUGAAGGAUUUGAUUUGUUCAAGAUUGAUUUAGACUUGGACCCAAAGCAGAGAUUCCUUGGUCCUGCUCAGCACUACGAGGACACUAUCAAGAGUCUCAUAAGUAUGUACAUGCAAUAUGUGCCUUCAGUUGUUUUGGACGCCUUCUGGGCGAUGGAUUGGAUCAUUAAGUACUACCAUCCGGAGAGAUAUGGAGAAAUCUAAGGUAUGGCAGAGUUCGCAAAGAUCGAUACUCACCUUGCUGUGAUGAUGAACUACGUCUAUGAGUUCGAUAGCUAUUGCACAUCAGUUAUCGCCAAGCUGAACAACGGAACCAUAGUUCAUAUGAGGAAUCUGGACUUUUACUUCUCAAAUGACACUAGAAACAUCACAUACAUUGGAUAGUACUACAAGAACGGUCAGCAUCUUUAUGACGCUGUUAUGUUUGCUGGAAUCAUUUCACCCUUCACUGGAUACAAGGACGGCAAGUUUGCGAUAUCUCUUAACUAAAGAGAUCCAUCCUAGAACUAUUUAAGAUUGAUAUAGAAUGUAGGAAUGAUUUUCACAGGCUACAAGUAAUCUGGAUGGACUAUUAGAGAAGCACUUGAAAGCUGCGAGGAUUAUGCAUGUGCUGUACUCAAAGUCUCUACUGAUCACCAUAUUGCGCCAAGCUAUAUGAUUGUCUCUGGGCUGAAGAACAACGAGGGCACUAUAAUCACCAGGGACAGAUUCAGUGUGGCUAAUGUUAGAUAGAUUUCUGAUUAAAAUUGGUAUCUGUACUAAACCAACCAAGAUCACUACAAUGGAGAUUGCCCAAUUAGAUGCCAGCAUGCAAAAGCUGCUUUUGAAAAAGUUGGAAGAAAUGCCACUAUUGAUGCUAUUUAUCAAAAUGUCCUUUAGGAGUGGCCCAAUUUGAAUUACAUGUCUAUUCAUUCAGCAUAGAUGUCUGCUGCUCUUGGAUUAUUCUAAGUUGAAAAGAUCUACGCUUAUGACCAGACUGACCCUGGCGAUCUCUGA